CUUUUGCAAUAACCAAUUUUAUUAUGAAUCUGAGGUGAAAUGUAUUUUUGGAACUUUGACAUUAUACAUGACAUAUAACAUGUCAAUAUAAUGUCAUAAUGUUAGGUUUGCAAAAGCUAUGCCAAGAUCCCUCCUCAAGGGUGUGAACAAGUACCUACAAAACCAAAAGCAGCCUCAACAUCUCCUGACUAAAUACAUUAGCACAAUUACUGAAAUUCCCAAUAGAAAUGACUUUCAAUUAUGGACCAGUCUCAUUUCAAUCCUUGCCCAAGAUGACCCAAACUCUAAGACGGCCUUGUUUGAGGCCUCUCAAAUGCUCAACUCUGGUACAAAACCAAAUGACUAUGCUCUGGUCCACCUGAUCAGAGCAUGUACCAACCUGGGUCGGUAUUCUUAUGGCCAACAGCUUCACUGCUACGUUCUGCGAUCUGGGUUUGGUUCCAAUGUCUUUGUCUCCACAGCCCUGAUCAGUUUGUACCUGAAAGACGAGUCAUUAAAUGAUGCCCACAAAAUGUUUGUUGAAAUUCCUCAACCAAGUGUAGUUUCUUGGAAUUCUUUGAUAUGUGGGUAUGUGCAUUCCGGGCUGUUUCGUAAGGCUUUGGGUUUGUUUCUUCAGCUUGACAAGUCUGAUGUUUACGCAGACUCAUUCUCGUUUACUGCUGCUUUAGCUGCUUGUGGCCAACUAAGUUUAUUGCAAUUAGGCCAGUCAAUUCACUCCAAGAUUGUAAAAUCUGGUGUGGAAUGCGGCAUUGUUGUCGCGAAUUGCUUGAUUGACAUGUAUGGAAAAUGUGGCUCUGUUGAAGAGGCGACUCUGGUUUUCAGUGAGAUGAGUGAUAAGGACAUUAUUUCUUGGAAUUCGGUUAUAGCUGCGAGUGCUAGAAACCGAAGACUUGAACAAGCAGCCAACUUUCUGCAUCAGAUGCCAAAUCCUGAUACAAUUUCAUAUAAUGAACUGAUCAAUGGUAUUGCGCAGUUUGGCAACAUAGAAGAUGCUAUUCAGGUUUUGGUGAAUAUGCCAAAUUCUAAUUCGUCUUCAUGGAAUUCGAUAAUAACAGGAUAUGUAAACCGGGAACAAGCAAGAGCAGCUCUGGAAUUCUUCAGUAAAAUGCAUUCAAAAGAUAUUGUAAUGGAUCAGUUCACGUUUUCAAGCCUUCUGAGUGGCAUUGCAGGUGUUUCAGCUCUGACAUGGGGUAUGUUGAUCCACUGUCGCACAAUUAAGUCUGGUUUAGACGAAUCUAUAGUCGUUGGGAGCGCUCUAAUUGACAUGUACUCGAAAUGUGGACAGGUAAAGAAUGCUGAAUUGCUGUUCCAGUCACUACCCAAAAAGAAUUUGAUUACUUGGAAUGCAAUGAUAUCCGGCUAUGCUCACAAUGCCAAAUCAGCCAAGGUAAUCGAGCUUUUUGAGCAGUUGAAAAUAUUGAGAGAUUUGAAACCUGACGAAAUCACCUUUCUUAAUGUUUUAUCUGCUUGCUGGCAUAACCGAAUGCCAUUGGAGAUUGCAAUUCGGUAUUUUGAAUCAAUGAUGAAGGACUAUGGGAUCAAUCCCACAGCUGAACACUGUUCUUCUGUUAUUAGGCUUAUGGGACAAAAGGGGGAGGUAUGGAGGGCAGAGAAGAUGAUAAAUGAACUAGGGUUUGGGUCAUGUGUGUUAGUUUGGAAAGCUUUACUUGGUGCUUGUGGAACUUGUGGGAAUUUGGAUGUUGCAGAGGUUGCAGCUGCUAAGGUGAUUGAACUGGAUGGUGAUAAUGAGUAUGUGUACGUGAUGAUGUCCAACAUUUACGCAUGUUAUGGGAAAUGGGGAGAUGUGAGUGCAGUUAGGGAACUGAUGAGGGAGAGAAAGGUGAGGAAAGAAGCUGGUUGCAGCUGGAUUGAGGUAGAAAAUCUGAUGACGGACCCAACCACAGUGUGUUUAUGAUGAACACGAUGAUGUAGGGCAGCAUAGGCAGAUAUUUCCGUUGUAUUGGGGUCAAUUCCAAUAACAUGGACCAUGGUAGUUUGAGGAGGACCUAUGUUUCUGAUCUGUUUCAUCUUUGCUUUGGGGCUUCUGUACCAAAUCAAACUCCCCGAGGGAAAAUGGAACAGUUGCAACUCAAAUUUCUGAUAGAAGGAUGGUUUUCUUUGUUCCGUCCUACAAAUGAUAUGGGUCAGCCAUGAUCGAAGAUUGGAGACUGACAUAAGCUCAGGCCUUAUGGAACAGAGUUUCGAUAUCUUCCCCAAACCUACCAUUAUGAAAUUGUUAAUUAUACACAGCUGAGUUUUGUAUGGUUGAAAAACUGUGGUGCCAUGAAAUUUAUUCACCAAAAACACAUUAGAACAAGCUUCAUGAAGCGGUAAAGACAUUUUUUGUGUCAAAGAUGCACAACUUUAUGUUCUGCAAUAGUUUCACUAUUUUCCGGCAAGCCUGGCAUCAAAAGAUAGCCUUUUUUCUGUUAUGUGUUCUAGGAACUUAGGACUUCAUAAACUGUAACUCGAACGUUAUAGGUAGAGGGGAAGGCCAAUGGUGAAUUGUAAUACCUUGUUUUUCAAAGUUUGUAUCCAUUUAUAAUACAAUAAAGGAUCACUGGAAUACUCAAAUUUUGAAGAAACU